ACUGGAGAAGGAAAAGAACAGCAACAUAAAGAAGAAACCCCGGAAGGGACAGAAGGGAGAAAACCCCCCCAAAAAAAACAACAACGGCAGUGAAAGUAAGUCAGGUCUCCAUAUAAGGUCUCUCAGCAAGUGUUGGAACAUUAACGGAAAGAGAGACCAUAAAGCGAAAUGUGACAGAAAGCCAUGGAACAGACAAUGCUGCAUUCCAAGUAGAGGUAAGCAAAAACCUUUUAUAUGGCUUAGUGUUUUGCCCAAAAAUCACUCGACUCUACCUCCAUGCACCUGAAAAUUCUGUUUUUGUUGGUUUCUGCUUCUUUUAAGUUUGGCUCUUCAAGACAUCCUCCACAAAAUAUAAAUACUGAUAUGAAUAUGUCUCGAGCAGUUCCUAAAAUGUGAUUUGUAAAAGGAUGUUUUAGUGUGGUUUCAGUACAAUCCUCAAGUUGCUUCAGAUUUUCAAUGCUCCAAGCACCUGUUCUUCUGCAAACACUCUGAAUGUGGGGAGGGGGAAACGGUCUUCAUGUGCAAUGAAUUAUUUUCAGUGUUCAUCUGUCUGUGUGAUAAAAACAGGAUCAGAUAAACCUUGAUGUUGAAUGUGCCUUCAGAGAGAAACAAUUCACGAGACGACAGACCACCAGAGGAAAUGCUUGCUGGAGAGGAAGCUGGAGGCAGUCCAGGUCUGCUUGGCAGAGUACAAAGACCAGAUUCAACUGACUAUGACCAUGGCUUUGGGAGCAGGCCUCAUUUCCAUGGUGGUAGCAGCAUGUGUUCUGAACUUCCAGCGGGCUGUCAGGCUACUGGUCAUCUCCUUGGUAACCAUCUUUUUCCUGGUUUGGAAUUGGAUAAUGGAGCGAUAUGGUGAUUGUAUGUGGGAGGCUCUCUCUCCUACCAGAGACCUCCUUAGUAAAAACUGGUUUUGGAUCAGAUGGUGAGAAAAAAAUUAUCUUUUUUUCCCCCCCAACAACCCUGUCUUUUAGCUUCAAUUUCACAGGACAAUCAGAGUCAAUGCUGAACCAUUAUGGUGAAAAUCUCUUUCAGGUGAUGUCGUGAAAAUUAUGCACUGUACAGUAAGGACAGAAAAGAAAUUCUGUCUCCUAGUAACAAUAAUGUCUUCAGAAGGUGAACGCAAACAAGUCCUGCAGCGCACAUAAAUGACAGUAAUAUGAACAGAAGCAGAAAGGCAAUUAAUAUAUUCCAUUUCAGAUACAGCCAUUCACCCUUUUAUUUAAACCGUGGGAGCGAAGUAGUGCAGAAAUUAUUGUACCAUGUCAGCAUUAUGACAAUAUUGAACAAGAAAGAUGCAGAGAAUGACCAUUUAAGUUUUGUAAUGUUCACCUCUUUGGGAAGAUUUGGUGUUUAAGAACUCUUAAUCUUGUUCAUAUUUGAAUUGCA